AUGCCACACUUGUCGGGGGCACGGUUCUACUAUGGACCUAAGGGAAUCUGCGAGUUCAGCGAGUUUUUGUCGACCUUCCGGCAGCCGGACUACACCUUGGCGUACAUGCUUCACGAUGGAAGGGGAACCGUCGUGAUCAAGGAGACUUUGACUCCAACUGUCAUCGCCACCGGGAAGACCACUGAUCAUCCGCUGGACAACAUGGUGGAGUUAUUUGGCUCGCAUUUUUUCGAGCUCUUUAUGACAUCUGAAUAG